AUGGCUGGAAACGGUGAAGAUAAUGUGGAUUUGGUUGCAAGAGAAGCAGCCCAACGAAGAGAACAAGCUGCACAAGAUGCCGAGGAAGAAGCUAUUAGAGAUGGUUCUACCUUGUCUUCCUAUUCUCCUUCCUUGCCACCUCAGUCCACCUCUUUCCCUAUUUCUAGUGAAGCAGUUCCUGUAGUCAGAAGGGGCUAUGUGCAUUCCUUGAAUGAUUACUCUCUCUUUACUUGGAGUUCUGGAGAGUCUUUUGUCAUUUUGGUGGUGUAUGUGGAUGAUAUAAUCAUCACUGGGACUGAUCUAGCUGAAGUAUUUGUUGUGAAAGCCUUUUUCUAUGACCAGUUUAAAAUUAAGGAUUUAGGCAACCUCAAUUACUUCUUGGGGAUUGAAGUGCUGCACACUGAAUCUGGGGUUUUACUUCAUCAAAAGAAAUUCAUUCAUAAUCUUCUCAAGGAGUUCCAUUCUUCUGAUUGUUCAUCUGUUGUAUGCCUUCUUGAGAUGCAUGAAAAGCUAAAGGCUACUGAAGGUGAUGUGUUGCCUAACCCUGAGAGAUACAUAUAUUCGAUUGGGAAGCUGAACUUUCUUAUUCACACCAAGCCUGGCAUCUCCUUUGCAGUACAAUACUUAAGUAGCAGGAAGUCUGUGUCUGGAUUUUGUAUCUUGUUGGGAGGAAGUGUAAUGAGCUGGAAAUCAAAGAAACAGUCUGUAGUUUCUUUAUCCUCUGCAGAGGUUGAGUACAGGUCGAUGAGCAAAGCUACUGCUAAAAUUACAUGGGUUUUCCGGCUCCUUUAUGAUCUUGGUAUUCAUGUUUCUUCUCCAAUUCAGCUUUUCUGUGAUAAUCAAGAAUCUAUACACAUUGCCAAGAACCAGUCUUUCACAAGCGCACUAAGCAUAUCGAACUUGAUUGCCAAUUUGUCAAGAGCAAACUCACUGAAUGAUUGUUUCUGCUGUCUCAUACCUCUAGUGCCACUCAAUUUGCUGAUAUGUUCACUAAGCCCUUGA